AUGGCCGUUCAUGCCUCCUAUACACUCCACUGGCUCUCCAAGGUCCCAGAAGAGGUACAAGACAAAGACUCUACUGCAUGGAAUAAGGGGAGAAUUUACUACACUAGGGCCUCCAAUGAAGUAGCUAAUGCUGAUGCAGCUCAAUUUGCCAAGGACAUGGACAACUUCUUGAACUUUAGAGCUAAAGAAAUAGUAGUUGGAGGGAUGCUACUUGUCAUGAUAUUUAUCCAGGAUGGGUUUCAUCGUUCUCAGAGCACAGGCGAUUUCUUAUACGAUGAGCUGGGAUCUAGCCUUAUGGAUAUGGCACAUGAGGUGAGUUCUGAUAUUAUUUAG